AUGUUUAGCAGCAGGGCUGUUGCUCACAUCACAACCUUCUUGCUGGGACUGUGUCUAGUACUUUGCAAUGGACAGACAGCGAAGCGGAUCUCCGUUCAAAAGUGCGAAGAAUAUCGUAGAAUAAUCUCGUCACAGCGUGGUGUUAUAUCGCUCACGCUGAAACCCAGGCCAAUCUACUAUCAGUCGUACAAUUGCUCGAAUGUGGUGGAAUUGAUCGUUGGUGGUGAAGCGGCGAAGCAUGGCGAGUUUCCACAUCACGCUUUGCUAGGCUACCCGACCGAAAGCGGUUCGUCCGAGCGUUACAGUUUCAGCUGCGGUGGAUCGCUAAUAUCAGAUCGCUUCGUCCUGACCGCCGCACAUUGCUUCAGCUACGGUGAUCCGGUGAUUGUUCGCUUGGGCGAGUACGAUCUAACCGUAGACUCAAGGGAGCAGCUUGAUUUCGGCAUUGCCGAGAUCAUCCGUCAUCCAAAUUAUCGCAACGCGCGCUCUUAUCACGAUAUUGCCCUGGUGCGGUUGAACGAGACGGUACUGUUUUCGAAGGUAAUUCGUCCGGCAUGUUUGUGGCAGAGUCCCACACUCAAUGUGAGCCGUUUCGUGGCUACGGGUUUCGGGAGAGUGGAGGAGGGCAUCCUCGAGUUAUCGACCAAGAUGAUGAAGGUUCAGCUCGAUCUAUUCCCCUCCAGUGACUGUGGUGAACUAUUUCGAGAUAAUCGCAAAUUUAACAAAGGGAUCGAUGAAGGACAGCUGUGUGUGGGAAGUCUCAUGGGGGGCAAGGAUACCUGCCAGGGCGACUCCGGUGGCCCGUUGCAGACGAUUACGGAACCGAGAAGUUGCAUCUAUAACAUUGUCGGCUUAACGUCUACUGGAACCGCCUGUGGUGUUGGCAACUCGAAGGCUAUCUACACGAAGGUGGCACACUAUCUGGACUGGAUCGAGCAAGUUGUUUGGGCACAAUAUCAUGAGUGUAACGAGUAUCGCGAAAUUAUAACGGAGACACACCAAAUCAUACAUCUGCUUCUCAAUCCAACGCCAAUAAAGUUGAAAGUGUUCAACUGCACAAACGAGCUGCGUCUGAUUGUGGGUGGAGAGCAGGCCGAUUACGGCGAGUUCCCGCAUCAGGCGCUGCUGGGUUAUCCGAAGCAGAACGACCCAUCGGACUAUGAGUUUCUGUGCGGUGGUACACUGAUCAGCGAGCAGCACGUCCUGACGGCGGCUCAUUGCUUUUCCGAUCGCGACCCAACCGUAGUACGGCUCGGUGAGCACGACACCACGUCCUGGACGAACGAGGAGCUCCAGCUGAAGAUCGAUCGUUUUCGGCGACAUCCACGCUAUCCUCGAAGCCAACCGUACGAUGAUAUAGCCUUAAUUCGCCUUGAACGGCCAGUGCCGCUAAGCAAACACAUUCGACCUGCAUGUCUGUGGGAUUCGGAGUACCGCACCACCUCAAAGUUCAUUGCAUCUGGGUUCGGGCGGCGAGAUUUCUUCGAUACGGAACUCUCGCCCGCACUGAUGAAGGUACAGCUGGAUGAAUUCCCGAGGCAGAGGUGCUCGCAAUACUUCCACCGGCUGCGCCAUGGAGUACGACCGGGUCAGCUAUGUGUCGGAAGCGUGACAUCGAGCAAGGACACUUGCCAGGGAGAUUCGGGUGGUCCGUUACAGCUAGUGUCCAAUGAGACCACCUGCACGUACCACAUAGUUGGCAUCACGUCUCUUGGUGGUGCAUGUGCUUAUGCGAAAUCGCUGGGCAUCUACACGGAGGCGAUCGCUAUGGUGGAAGAUUCGUGCCGGGCUCGGGAACAGUACUGCGUUUGCUGCCGUACAGUGAAGUUUGACGGAAGUUGGCGCUACAAAUUACUUGGUAGCAGUCAUUACGACCAUAUUCUCGGUGUAAACAUCAGUCCACAGUACGGAAUAUUGUCAACAAUGAACAAUUUAUGGAUUCGGAGAAAGGAGAUGCGUUUGUUGGCGAUAGUGUUAUCUUUGAGCUGGUGCGGCUGCAUUGUUCAAGGACGCCUUGCCACACAGAAGUGUGAAGAAUAUAAGAAUAUCAUCGUCGAUCGACAGACCCUCAUACCACUCACAAUUAAUCCAGAGCCGAUCAUUUUCGACGUGUAUAACUGCACGAAUGUCGUCCAGCUGAUCGUUGGUGGAGAACAGGCAAAGAUGGGCGAGUUUCCGCACCACGCGUUGCUGGGCUACCCGAAGGAGACAAACCAACGGGGCUACGAUUUUAAGUGUGGCGGCACACUGAUCAGUGAUCAGCACAUCCUGACGGCUGCUCAUUGCUUUGCGGAUGAAGAACCGACGAUUGUACGCCUUGGCGAGUAUGACACCACAACCUAUUCUGAUGCCGAGUACGAUAGUGACAUUGACAGCAUCCGGAAAUAUCCGAACUAUAGCAACGCACGUUCAUACAAUGACAUCGCUCUAGUGAAGCUGAAGCAUCCGAUCAAACUUUCGAAACACAUCCGACCGGCCUGCCUGUGGGAAACGGAGGAACGUCGUGUAAAGCGCUACGUUGCGACCGGUUACGGGUACAACGAAGCGUACAGUGGCGUGUUGUCCACCACGAUGAUGAAGGUGCAGUUAGACGAGUUUCCGGUCGCUGAUUGUGCGCGUAUGUUCAAAGGGCAACCAAAGUUCCGGAAUGGUGUUAUGGAUGGACAACUGUGCAUCGGUAGCAUCGUGCAGGGUCGCGACACGUGCCAGGGUGAUUCGGGCGGUCCGCUACAGGUCGUGUCCGAUUCGAAGUCCUGCUCUUACGCGGUGGUCGGUAUCACAUCCACGGGUGGCGUUUGUGGCGUUGGGAACUCGAAGGCAGUCUACACGAAAGUGUCAUACUACAUUGACUGGAUAGAGGACAACGUUUGGGGUGCUCAUGCGAUGUGACAAUGAGGGAAUUUCUGAGACUAAUAACGAAACCGUCAAACGAAGCUGUGUGCAGUCGUGUUCAGAAGUGGGAUGAGUGGGAUGUCCGGAUAAAAAUAUAUGUAUUUUAAAAAUCAAGCUAACGGUUGUCUCACAUUUUGGUGAACCUUCUUUAAAUUUUUUAUUGCAAAAAAUGCUCUCAACAUUAUCUUUUUCUGUUGGUUAUCAGUGUAUUUUUCCUCCUUCAUCGUCUAAUUGCUAAGCAACAUCUGAUUUGUAUGAUUGAAUGUUUGUUCACCAUUAAUCGUGAUUCAUCUGCUGUAUUUCC